AUGAAGUUCGGCGACGAAUUCAACGACCGAUCUGUUUCCAAAUGGAGGAACUACAACAUUGACUAUAAUGCCAUCAAGCGCAAAAUCAAAGAAGCCACAACUGCAAUUAAGGACUCGAGCUCAAGCCUCUCGGACAAGUCCAAUGACACUAACGAUACUGGCGACACCGCAUUUUCGAGAUUUUCGACGAAUUCUAUACAGGACAAGAAGACGAGGAAGCACUUGAAACAAUUGUUCAAGGCUUUCAAGGAACAAAUAGAGUUUACGUCUCUAUUCGUCAAUUCCAAGUACGGCGAAAUAUCCAGAAGAAUUCUCGCCACUAAAAGUCUACUUAACAAUUUCAUCAACUCGACGCUCGACUCGGACAGUAACCCUAGCGCACUACAGCAGCGUCUUCAAGGAAGACGUCUGAUGCUUAUUCAGAAAGAGCUGGAAAUUCUUUCGGGCGAGCUACAAGAUCUUUCUAGGUUUAUUCUCUUGCAGAAAAUUGCAGUGAAGAAACUUUUUAAAAAAUUCAUCAAACACAGCGAUUAUCCCCACAAACAGGAGCUUGUGGACAAGAUCACCACGGAAUGCCUCAACGGGAACCCAAACUCGUUCGUCAAUUUGUAUCUUAACGAUGCCGCUUUGGAGCUGACAUUGAUGUUUGACGUGAUCAACAAUUACCGUGCCAAUCAGAUACAGACGGAUACCAGCGUCGGGAACAAUCGCAAGCAGUCCUUUGCCACUGUGGACUCCUUUGGACUGUCCUCUCUCACAGAUGGGCGCUCAAAAGAUUUUAUAUAUUCCAGAGCGACCACUUUCGACCUCAUCUCGCACAAAAAAGGCUCGGUGUGUCAGAGAUUUUGGGUUCAUAAGGACAAUUUAGACGAAAUGAAGUUCAAGCUUCUGAGUGGCUUCAAACUCAUAUCUGACGAUUCAGGCAUCAUGGACGAAGAACACGAACAGGAGGGUCUGGUCCGGCAAUACGAAAAUCAACGAUUGUCAGAGCAAAACUCUUCAGUCCACCUCAAACACACUCGCUCGGAACUUGACCUCACAGAGCACACCGAAGAUCCUGAUACGACAUUCCACCCGGACACCAAAGUCAUGUCCAUUUGGCUCAACAACCUCGAUGAUCCUUUGGUGACGUCUCAGAACGGCGUCGGGUUCCUUUCCACGCCAGACAAUUUUCUUUCUGGCGGAGUGGUUGCACAGAUCCAUAACACGCAGUAUCCAAAUUCCAAGCGGGCUGAAAGACCGCUCUUGAUCUCCCCUAUUGGUGGUCUUCACCAGUUUGCCAUGACCAGCCUGAACGACUCGCUCAUCCAUUCUUUAUUCAGUCCGUCAAAACUGCCUGUGGAGGUGUUUAAAAACAAGAUUUUGAAAGAAUGGUGUGAAUCGGGGCUUUUUGGAAACCCUAAGAUGGCUCAGCUGUCGCUUGACUGGUGCAUCGACAAAAAAAUGGUUCCUUUGGCCAAAAUUGCUGUCAACAGACUCCGAUUCAUCAGCGUAACGGAAACAGACACAUCUCCUAAAGUAGAGUGCUAUAUCACCUUAGACAGUGACAUUCAGAUUUCCCAAAUUACAUCACAGAAGGAUGUCAACUUCCAUAUGCCAGAAGAAAGUAUCUCUUUCCCUCACUCGAUUCUUGAAAUCAAAUACGACUCCCCGCUCAAAGUUCUUCCGUCGGUCGUGCAGUCUCUCAUCAACUCUCAUCUUGUUUACAGAGUGGACAAUCUUAAUUUCUCAUUAAAUAAUUACAUCCUAUCCAAGUUCUACCAGGAUUCACUCACAGACGAAGCCAUGUUGGAAUAUGUCGUUCCUUGGUUCGACGACCUACAAAAUAAGGAUAUCCGCAAACUUCCAUCAAUCGCGAAGAAGGUGUCCGAGGAGGCUCCUAAACAAUCAUCGCCCCAGGGUAUUCUGUUGAACAAAUACGAGGCACAGUUGCAGCAGCAGCAAGAACUCCAGCAGCAACUACUAGAAGGCAAAAGGUACUGGAAUGAGUUUGAUGAUGGCAGCGAUCCGGACGAUGAUCAGGGAUACUAUGUCGACGACGACUAUGAGCUCUCGGACUCAAGAACGCCAUUUGGCAAUUUCCUCGGCCUCGGAUUCUUGACGUCUUCGAGAGUUGAAGCAAUUUUGAAUUUGUCAAAUAAGAUUUCGAGCAAACUCACGCAUAUCAUCAACUCAUUCAAGCAUGAAGAGUCUUCUCCUUUACUUCCAGCGCAUCAGGAUAGGCCGCAUUUUUAUAAAUCAGUGAUCAACGGGACGUCUCCAUUGGAGAAUGACACGGAGUCUGACACAGACAAUAGCGACCACAAGUUGUUUAUUCACCGAUACGGUAAACAAAUUGAAAACGAGCGCUCGUACCGCCGUCGCCAACCAUCUCUUGUUUACGGCGAAGCUAGAUCGAAUGACCUGCUGGCCCAGGUAAAUCAUGAUCGCAUUUUGUCAUUCCUUUAUCUAACUGCAAUGCUGGUGUCUUUCCUCACAACCGGUGUUGGGCUGGGUGUCAUUUUCUCAACCCUGGAAUCCGGCGAUGAUCUGGAUCAAACAAGUGGAAUGAUCCUGCUGCUUUGUUUUGGCAUGGGCUGUCUGGUUUUGAGUCUUUUCCUUAGCGGGGUCUCUGUGUGCCUCCUUAUGACUCGUUACAGCAAUGCCCCAAUGUGGCACCAGGCCUCCGUUUACUCCAGCCUCAUCAUUGUCACAAUAUUGUUUAUCAUAUCCUUAGUUUCAUGUCUUUAA